AUGCUCCGAGAUAAACUUUUUUGUUUCUUUGUUCUAUUCGGCUACAAUUCUUUUUGGCUGCUUGGAGUCCGGAGCCAGGCUGCAGACACUUGUCAAACACAGGUGUAUGGAAGAGCGGGUGGAGCCAUCGUACUGUCGUCAGGAGUUUCUGAAACGCUUAAAACAGCUCUGUGGAAAUGUAAUGGGACUAAAAUUGCCGACGUGCGAGGAGGGGACACUGCUCCUCAGUUCUCGGGCAGAGUCACACUGGACAGAGCUAAUUAUAGUUUAAUAGUAAAAGAGCUGAAGAUCACAGACUCUGGGGAUUUUAAUUUUGUAUCAGAAAAUGAAAGUGGACAAAGACCCACCCGCUGCAUCAGACUGCUGGUACAAGAAGCCCUGCCUCGCCCUCCCUCUGUGAGCCUCGUCAACAUCACUGCUUCCACAAAUGAGUCGUGUGUGAUUCUGGUGCAGUGCAGUGCUGCUUUUGACAAAGACGUGAGCUUCAGGUGGACUGUGAACAACGACAACUUCACUGGACCCAGGCUGCAGUUCACACACGCACCACCAGGGGGAGCCACCACCGCCACAUGCACCGUUUCUAAUCAUGUGAGCCAGGAGUCCUCCAGCAAGAGCUUCAGCUGUCAAUCAUCUGACAACAAACAUAAAGGUUUGACCAUGGUCCUGGUCAUCGCAGGACUCAGCCUCGUUCUCAUCGUCUGCAUCGUCGCUUUGGUGGCAUCUUGUCGACGCAAAAGAACAAACCAACAAACCGAAUGUAACGAUGACCUCACACUGUACGCAGAGAUCGAGGACCCUCCGAGUAAUAGAAUUCUAAACCACUGCCCUCUUUAUGAAUCCGUGGACCACAAACAAAAACCUAAAGCGCAGACGGUGUACGACGAGAUUCAGUUCAGCAGAAUGCAGCAGUGA